AGCUCCUUGGCGAUCGUUAUUGGUGGAUAGGAAGACGGUCUCCUUCCUUCGAAGUCGACUAACUUUGUGGUUGUCUCUGGUUCCGUUUCUGACAUUUCUUUUCGAACGUCCUUAACCACCCCAUCGACACUUCUUCGUCGCUUCGCGUUCGUCAUUUGUUCUUUUAAGUCUGUCUUACGUCAGCUGUCGUUACCAGGAGACACGUAACAAACUUGACGGCGACGACCGGUGUUCAAAUAGUGCCAGAGGUGAGAGCAAGCACCGGGAAAGUGGCUGUGUAAUGCAUUCGAUUGUGUGCAAACUGCGUGAAAUUGUUUACUAAGAGAAUCCGUGUGUAGUUAGCCCACACACUUGGAAAUAGUUGCCAUAAAAACCACAGACGAAACAUUUUGUAGGCAUUCUCCACCUGUUGUUCAACAAGUGAAAUAAUCUUUCGUCCUGUGACGUCAGAGAGCCGUCUAAGGAACAGGUUGCGGCGGCUUAAGGGGGAACUAAUUUGAAGCAGUUGUAGAAGUUGGAGGAUCAUCAGAAUGGCACAGAUAAUUAAAUUCUUUGACGAUAUCCACACGAUGAUGCAAAAUAAUGGCGAUCCAAGGACAGCCAAAUGGCCUCUGAUGAGCAGUCCGCUCCCAACGUUAGCAAUAUGUCUGACCUAUGUCUAUCUCGUAAAAGUUUUGGGUCCUAGAAUAAUGGAGAAUAAGAAACCUAUGGAACUGAGGAAUGUGCUGAUUUAUUACAAUUUUUUUCAAGUUUUAUUCAGCUUAUGGCUUUUUUGUGAGAUAGGCAUGUCAGGGUGGCUGACUGGUCGUUAUAAUCUGCGCUGCGAGCCAGUUGACUACUCUAAUCACCCAGUCACAAUUAGGAUGGUACAUGCGUGUUGGUGGUACUAUUUCUCAAAAUUCACUGAAUUUUUUGAUACAAUUUUCUUUGUACUUAGAAAAAAAAAUGAGCACAUAUCUACACUGCACGUUAUUCACCAUGGGGUUAUGCCGAUGAGUGUCUGGUUUGGAGUCAAAUUCACACCAGGAGGUCACAGUACUUUCUUUGGGUUAAUCAACACAUUUGUGCACAUUGUGAUGUACACAUACUAUCUCUUGGCUGCGCUGGGACCACAGUACCAAAAAUACCUGUGGUGGAAGAAAUAUCUCACCACUUUCCAGAUGGUCCAGUUUGUAGCGAUUAUGGUACACGCCUUCCAACUGCUGUUCAUUGACUGCAACUACCCUCGUGCAUUUGUGUGGUUCAUUGGCAUGCAUGCUGUCAUGUUCUUCUUCCUCUUCAACGAAUUCUACAAACAAGCUUACCAGAAGAAGGGGAGAAUAGGUGUUACGAAGGCUACGGUCCAAAAGGGUGCUUCACCUAAUGGCAAGUUAACAAAUGGUCAUGUCACGGACUCAGCAAAGUCAACUAGCCACACGGCUAACGGUUAUAGCAACAGUCGGGCAGCCGAUUAUUACGUUAAAGCGUCACCAGAAGAUCUUCAUCUUAGGUCGACAUCAUCGAUAAAAGUAACAGCAGGUGCUUCGGAAGUCAAGUAAUAGUAGAGGGUAUAGAAACUUUUAAAUAAUUUUGUUUGUAGAAGAAAGAACUUUUCAUAAAAGUGAAAGGAUGUUUCUCUUAUUACAAAUUUUUUAUUUUCUGCAUGCAGUAGUUAAUAUAAUCGUGGGAAGUGUCCCUCUAAAAACUUGGUGCUGGCCACUGUGUGCUAAAGUCUGUCAGGAAAUGUUCUCAAGAGUUCAGUGCAUCAUUGCCAAAAAGUUGCCUGAACGAUGCACAAUCGCAGCGACAUUUUUGUUGUGCUGAUAUAUACUUUGAAAAAAAUUAUGCAUGUUAAUGUAGCCACUUGAUACUUUUUAUUUACUAGGGUACCAACAAAUCAAAUGGGCAUUUUGAGCUCUGCGUUGCUUUUGUCUACUUAAAUUUUAAAAGGAAUACAGAACUGGAAACAGUCUCAAUAUUAAUAAGUAAAUUAUGACACUAGUGUAGGAAGAAUCAGUAAAUACAUAACAUGAACUUCAGAUGAACAUUGCAAUAUAAUGCAUUAAAACAAUUUCCUCCUUUAUUCACAGCAAAUGUAAUGCGAGGCACGAGUAGAAAUGUUGAAAAGGUAAAAAUGACAAAUUGAUUUUAUAUACGAAUGUCAUUAAUCUGUAAAAAAAUUAAAUAACUGUAACUGUAUGAAAAAUGGAUGCUGCUGAUUUUUCUUCAGACAUUCCAAGGUUACCUAUGAGGAUAAUUUCCAUGGCUGACAUGAAACAUUAUCGUAGCAGCAUAUGGUUUUAGGUUUUUCUGCGUAUUCACUAACUUUAUAUUCUUAAGACGAGAUCCGUGGUUCUUGUUGAUCGCAAUAUCAUUUGCAGUCGGGUCAUUACCUCAAAACAAACACCGAUCGCCUCUAAAAACUGACACUUCAAAAUUAUUUUAUUGAUGAAUUUUAUGCCAUCAUCUUGAAUAGUAUGGUAACUGAAUGAACUCCGUCAUGUUCGGAGUACAUCACACUAUUAUAGCGAGAUAUUAAUAAAAUAAAACAAGUGACUUAGUCAAAAUGUAAUAUAACAGUUUGAAGAAACAGACAGACAUUGCAAAAAUACAAUCCUAUGGGUUUGGCACUUUGUAUAUUAAAGAUGGCUAGCUUGUUAGUAUUGGAAUGUGGACUCUGUUAAUGGUUCGUUGUGUUAAAUUUCGAGUCGCGUGGGGUCCCGUAAGAGUGAUCUUUACAGGUACAGUGAUGACCGGCCGAUCAUUAUAAAGAAAUUGUAGGAAAUGUUCAUGCACUAACAACCAUGUCUUUAAUUACAAAUCUCUCGGUUUGGAAAUAUUAAAUCUUUACUUGAAUACAAUAUGUGUAAUAUGGCUGGGUAUGACUGAAACUUCCCUCGUGCAAAUCGGACAAGGGCGUGCUCAAACCAUUUCAGUCUACGGUUAAACCUGCAAUAGCUCACUGUGCAGGGAAUGGUUUUUCCAAGUGCUGAUAGAUUGUAAAUGGAACUUGCUCUACAUAUUCGCACAUUUUCUAGAAAUAUUUUAAUUUUAAGAAUUGUGACUGAUAGUGAGUGACUUAAUGUUCCACAAGCUUUAUUUAAAAUAACUUUAUAUUUAACCUGUUGAUCACUUCAUUGGGGCAUGUAAGUGACAUGAUAAUUUUCCAGUUUCUAAAUCUACAGUUUAAGAAAAUAAGCUUUUAUAAAAAGGAUAAAAAAUAUAUUUUUCUUACGUCUGGAAAUGGCAUUGAUCAAGUAUAAUUGUAUUUUUGUAAGCAGGCGGUCGGAAAACUCGCUUGGAUAUUAGUGCCUGUUUAAAUCAAAUACAUUGAGCUCUGCUGAGUUACUGUACUUUUCAGCUGAAACUAAUGAUGAGAGUACAGUGCGUGUUACAAACAAUAAUAUGGCGGUUUCAUUAGAAACCCACCCUGGGUUGAUUACAUAAUAUCUGCUGAGUCCAUAUUAAGACAUUCACCCCACUGAGUCACCAAGCACAGGAUGCUUUUCUCCAAGAAUUCUGAAGGAAAAAGUUCUCUUGAGCAUUGAAUUCAGCUGGAAUCAACAUCUCAUGAAUUUUUGCUUUAGUAUCCCAAAGAUGUGGAACUCACAGAGGGGGAGAUCCAGACUGUAUGUCGGAUGUUUGUUCUUAUGCCAGAGGAUUGGUCCACAAGUAGAUUCAUUGCCUGAAAGCUCAUUCUUAGUGGUUGUGUGCCUGCAUGCGCCAAUGAAUUUCCACUGGUUUACAGCCUUCUGUGCCUGCUAAAAUCUGAAACAGCGCGCUGAUCUUGCUUGGAUGGAUGUGGAACAUUGUAUUCCAAGUUUUCUAGACUGCCACAAAUCCUCUAUUAAACAGUCACAGUAACGCUCAUGAUGUAACUGCCUGGUGCCUUAUCUGACCCUUCUAAUGGAAUUAUGGGAUUGCAUGACGUAGUUCUUGUGACUGGCAGGUUUAUAUUAAACCACCCUCAUGAUAUUUCAGGUACAUAUGUCAAAAUUAACAACACACUUUAUCGUAAUAAAAUGACAUUCUAGGUG